AUGACAACGGUUCAGCUAACAAAGUAUGGAUACAGUGGUCAAUUAAGUUUACUUUCACCUGGACCCUACGGUAAUGACAUUGGUCUCUUGUAUUUCGAUGUAUACUUUCAAACACAACAAAUCGUUCGAUUCAAAAUCUACGAUCCAAAGAAUGAGCGAUGGGAAGUACCAUUCACCAAUCAACUGCCAACUGCCACCUCCAAACCAAACAUCCUAGACUAUGACGUUAAAUUCACUGCCAAUCCAUUUGGUUUCACCGUAGUUAGAAUUGCAACCGGUGAAAUAUUAUUUAAUUCUUCACCAUCAACUGGUUGUCCAACAAAUGGUUUAAUUUUUGAAGAUUAUUAUCUUGAAUUAUCAACAAGUUUUACAGUAUCUAAUCCAAAUCUUUAUGGGUUGGGAGAAAGAGCUGCACCUUUGAGAUUAAACAAUUCAAUGACUUAUACAUUGUUUGCCAAGGAUCAGGGGACUGCGUCGACAGAGAAUAUCAAUCUCUAUGGAUCACAUCCAUUCUAUAUGCAAUUGUUGCCCAAUGGUAAUGCCAAUGGUGUGUUUAUGCUUAAUUCCAAUGCCAUGGAUGUUGUCUUGCAACCCAAUUCAUUGACCUACAAGAUUGUCGGUGGUAUCAUUGACCUCUUUAUCUUUACCGGUCCCACCCCAGUCAGCGUCGUCCAACAAUACGCCCAAUUGAUUGGUAAUCCUCACAUACCACCCUACUGGUCUCUCGGAUGGCACCAAUGUCGUUGGGGUUAUCACACUGUCGAACAAACUGAACAAGUUGUUGCUAAUUAUUCAAAAUAUGGUAUUCCUUUAGAAACAAUGUGGAAUGAUAUUGAUUAUAUGGAUGCAUAUAAAGAUUUUACAGUUGAUCCUGUUAAUUUCCCACAAACGUUGAUGUUUAAUUUUGUAAACAGUCUACAUGAAAACCAUCAACAUUAUAUUAUGAUUGUUGAUCCAGGUAUUCAUAAUGAAGAGGGGUAUGCUCCAUACGACGACUUGAUGACCCUCGGAUCGUUUAUUACAACCGAUCAAGGUCAACCGUUGAUUGGAAAGGUGUGGCCAGGCUCAACUAUAUUCCCAGAUUUCCUCGACCAGAAAGCAUGGGACUUUUGGCAACAACAACUUCAAAACUAUCAUGACAUGGUACCAUUUGAUGGUGUUUGGAUUGAUAUGAAUGAAGUUAGUAAUUUUUGUGAUGGUGAUUGUAGCGAUAGCAAUAGCAAGAGUGGUAAAAUGAUGUCAAUGUUCGGUUCAUUUGAUCCAAAUAAUCCACCAUAUCUACCAGGUGGAGUAUCACUUGACCAACAUACAAUCAAUCUUACAGCUGUUCAAAAUGGUAAUAUUUCAGUUUACAACUCACAUUCACUUUAUGGGUAUACUGAAGGUAUGGCUACUGUAGAUGCCGUCCAUCAAAUCCUUGGUACUCGUACCACUGUCAUUAGUCGUUCAACUUUUCCAGGUACCGGCUCACACAAUGGUCAUUGGUUAGGUGACAAUGAAUCAUCCUACAAUGACUUAUACCUUUCUAUCCCAGGUAUGCUAAAUAUGAAUAUUUUUGGUAUUCCUUUAGUUGGUGCUGAUAUUUGCGGAUUUAAUAAAGAUUCAAAUUCAGAUUUAUGUGGUAGAUGGAUGCAAUUGGGUAACUUUUACCCAUUCUCUCGUAACCAUAAUUCAUUUAAUUCGAUUCCUCAAGAACCUUAUGUUUGGGGACAAGCUGUCAUUGAUGUUUCGAUCAAUGCAAUCAAUCUAAAGUAUACGCUGUUGCCAUACUAUUAUACAUUGUUUUAUUUGGCCAAUACUCAAGGUCUACCAGUGAUGCGUCCACUCUUUAUGGAAUACCCAACCGACGCCAACACCUAUGCCAUUGACACUCAAUUCCUUGUUGGUCCAUCACUCUUGGUAUCGCCAGUCCUCACUGCCAACACUACUACAGUCACUGCUUAUUUCCCAACCGACACUUGGUACGAUUUCUUUACUGGUUCGCCAGUUGCCCAAGUUGGCAAGUCUCAAGUACUCCCUGCCCCAUUCGAUGUGAUCAAUGUUCAUAUUCGUGGUGGUUCCAUACUUGCACUCCAACCAACCCAAUCAUAUGUUCCAGGAGAAGGUGAAAUCCCCAUCACUACCCAUGUUGCCCGUACACUCCCCUUCACCAUUAAUGUCGCCCUCGAUUCGACUGGCAGUGCUCAAGGACAACUCUUUUUGGAUGAUGGUAUCUCUCUUGACACUAUCGAGAAUGGUCAAUACACUGUCAUUGAUCUUCAAGCCUAUUAUGACUCUACUCUUGGACAAUACGCAUUUGAAUCAUCCGUCUCUUUUGCCGGAUCCUAUCUUAGCAAUGCCACCAUCUCUACUGUCGUCAUUUUUGGUGUCUCUGAACCUGUAUCCAAUGUAUAUGUUGAUGGCACUCCAAGCACCGCCUAUACCUAUACCGCUGAAUACCAAUCUCUCUCUAUUAAUAACCUUGUCCAAUCAAUCACUUCUACUAAUCUUAUCACUUGGAAUUAA